AUGGAUAAGAUAUCAAAGAAGAAUGGUGGAGAUCCAAGCAAAGAUGUACAAUGGAGUAGUGUUAUGGAUGAUACUUUAGUGGAUACUUUUUUACAUCAGGUGAUCAUAGGUGGUAGAGUUAAUGGAACUUUUACCUCUAAGGCAUAUGAUGACAUAGUGAAAGAGUUGGUUGAAAAAUUUUACAUGGAGAUUAAUAAGGAUAAGGUGAAAAAUCGACAAAUGACAUUGAAGAAGAAUUUUCAUGAAUGCUAUUACAUAUUUAAAGAUGGAUUGAGUGGUUUUGGAUGGAAUGAUUCUUUAAAUAUAUGGACAGCUAAACCAGAAGUUUGGGAGCCACUCAUAGCGUCUAAACCUACAGCCAAGAAGUGGAUGACAACACCUAUGCCCAACUACUUUAAGAUGGCACAACUUUGGGCUAAAAAUAAAGCAAACGAUGAUCAUGCUGAAAUUGCAAAGGAGAAACGUGCAAGGUAUGCUGCAUCAACCACUAUUGAUGAGAUUGAUAAUUUGAUAUCUCAAAAUGAAGUUUCUUUGGAGAACUUUGAAGUGGAAGAUGAUCAGAGUUCACCAGAAAUUAAUGUUGCACAUUCUUAA